AAAAAAGAAUCCACUCUCUUUGCUGUCAUUCCCUGUGCAGCUGCUGCUCUGUCCACCUCCAAUUUUUCCUCUUCACCUGAAUAACUGUCCUUCAAGCAGAAACCAUGACGCAGCUAGAGACAUCCAUGGCUUGCCUGAUGAAGAUCUUUGAUACAUAUGCGGGAAAAGAGGGAAAGCCAGACACCCUCACAAAUGCCGAGGUCAAGACUCUGCUGGAGAAGGAGCUGCCUGGACUGCUCAAGGGAGCAAAAAGCCAAGAAGACGUGAACAAGCUGCUCAAAGAUUUGGAUUUUAAUGGAGAUGGAGAGGUUGACUUCACUGAGUUUAUGGUGCUGGUCACUUCUAUUACCUGCAUCUGCCACGCCCGCCCUACAAAGAAGUGAGCAUAGAGACCACACCCUGGAAAGGAGCCGAAAGACACCAACAACUACAGAGCAUGUCUGUAAUGCCACUUGUUUUGUAAUAGCUGAAUAAAGGGAUUUAUCU